CCAGCCGAUGCUAUAGAGAGAAUAGUGUAAGUAAUUAUCUAUUGCGAACGAGAUAUAACGUAAUAAACGUGUAUCUCCAGGGCAAACAACUCGUCAUUGUGAUGGAGUCGGCGCGGGCAGAUAGCGGGCCGGAGGCGACGGCCCCGGUCGACUGCGCAGCGCCCGAGGAGCCCUACGACCGCGGAGCCCCAGCUUAUCGAAGCGCUGCCGAUUGGCGGAGUGGAGUGUUUGCGCCGUCAUAUCGCCCCGGGAACCAAUCGAUUCCCCGGCUCGUGAAAUCUUAUCGGCGAUCAUGGUGGACGUUCGCACCUCGUGGCAGAUAUCGAUAUCGUAUCGCGAGAUAUCGAAGAGUGUAUAAAUAUGGGCCCAUCGAUCGAUCGGCUCUCUAUCGAAGUUCGCCGCGAUUGCUGCAGCCGAAGCCGCGCCCGCACUGCCGCGCUCCCGGCGCACUCCCGCGUCGCCAGGACUCCCGGCACAGGCGGAGCCUCAGCGUCAGGUUCGUGGAACUACGACACGACUCCACGUCUGAGUUGGACGGGGGAUCUAGACAGUUUAUUGUAUAGGCCUGCCAGAUCUAUCUUUCCAGCUCACGCGUGGAGUCUGACCCCACAUGCCACAUGCCACGUGGCCGAUCGCGGCGCCAAUGCUGAAACUUUGAUCUUAAUGCGUGACGGAUUAAGUGGAGGUGUGAUCUCUUCACUUUUUAUGCUUAAAGUGAGAUUCAACUCCUCCAACUUAACCCUGAAUCGCCAUAUCGACACAGACGAGGAGAUCUCUUCAUAUUUUUCAAAGAUAUA